UUAUGUUUACUGUCACUGUUGUGCCACGUCACGUUAUAAUUACCCGAAAUUCGGGUGACCAGAUUUGCCAUGCCACUGCUGCUCUUUUUUAAUGUAUCAAGUUUACUAUACGGUUUAAGCAGUUUUAAAGAAAUUAAUGAUUUUAAAAGUUUGUUUUUACUGUGGUACCAAAUUAGUAUCGAGAAUCAAGUAACGGUACUAAGUCUACUUGCAUUACUGUACGGAGUACUUUUGUCGCCUGUUCCGAUUGCAUCCACAAGGGGGCGAUAACGAUAUUUUAUUUACGCAAGACUUGACAUCGAAGGAAGUAAACAAUGCUCAUAUCCGGAAGUCACCGCCUGUCAAAAGCGCUAUUUGGAGCGUCUCGUUAGUUUGUUUACAUUGCUGUUUUAGCGGAUGUCGGACCCUUUGCCAAUGUGGUUCGCUGUCCAGGCGGAGCUCCUGGACGACGACGAGGAAGUGGAGUCGCAGUGUCGGAGCUGUUUCGACUGUUAUGACGACGCCAGUUUGUUCAAAUUGUUCCACCUGACCCGCGCUUGCAUCGAGUUCGUGGCUGACAUCGUGCGCGUCCGCAAUAAGAAAUUCCUGUUCACUCCCCUGUCCUUGGACGCGAUGAUCAUGAUAACGCUCAAUUUCUACGCCCAUGGAUUAUACUCCACCGCCCUGAAGAAACGAUUCAAUGUGCAGAGCGACUGCUGCGACGACAUCGUAUUCACCGUGUCCGAAGUGGUGGCCGGUUUGUCGGACCAGUUCAUCUCGUUCCCGCAAACGCGCAAAGCCAAAAUCGAUAUGGCUCAAAUGGUUUCGGACUCCUGCGGGAUCCCGGACGUGCUGGGCCUGCUGGCACCGGCUCAUUUCAGGAUCGCUGAAGGUGCGCUCGGAUUAUACGCAAACUCUCUGGGCUACCCGUCCGUUGUAUGCCAGAUGAUUUGCGACCUGGACGGAAACAUCUUGAGUGUGGAACAAUGUCGCGCUGGCGGCACGCACGAACAAGACUUGUGGGGCACCUCGUUUAGAGGACGAGAAAUUGAGGAGGAACUCUAUGGACAAUACUGGAUCAUAGGAGGGGAAGGCUACGAUUUAAGCAAACGCGUGCUGACCCCUGUGGCCGAACCUCGAGACGAGCCGCAAAGAAACUUCAACGCAGCCCACGCCAAGAUCCACGAGGUGACGCAGAAGACGCGACGCUCCCUGAAGUGGCGUUUCAGAUGUUUGACUCAACUUGGCUUCGAGCAGCACAGGUUAACCAACAUCAUAAAGGCCUGCUGUGUCUUGCACAACAUCGCCAAGAAGUUUUCAGUCCCCCUGCCCCACGGAAUGGAGGGAUUUGUGGACCCACAGCCGAGAAAUGCGCGCACUGAGUCGGCAGGUAUCAGGCCGGACGUCCUGAGAGCCCGACAGGAACUCAUCGAUAAUAAUUUCACUGUUUUACCUAGUCUGAAACAAGAAUGACGAUAUUUGGGGUUUUUUUUACGCAGGAAGUGGGACAUUGCUUCAUUCUUGUUUCAACUAUCCUUAAACAUAUUUAAUUUCUUUACAAGUGCAAAAUGUUUCCAAAGAUAAUGUCAUUGUAAAUAAAAUACUGUUAAAUAUUC